AUGUCGAACCUUCAAGAAUCUGGAUAUGAAUAUUGGUAUCGAAGUAAUGAAGCUGAUGAUACACUUACUGAUUUGAUGUUCGCUGCUCCUAUUUCACUGAAACUUUUGCAGUUAUUCUCUCACGUUAUAUUGAUGGACUGCACUUACAAAACCAAUAGGUGGAAAGCGCUCAUAAAUCAUCGAAGGGUUGGAUUAGUGCUUCUACCAGGUGUUGUGAACACCAGUUCAAUAUCAGCUCGACUCCGGGGUCGAGUAUCAACUUACCAAGAUCAAGGUGAUUUCACUUUCCUUUUACCUCAGUUAAUUUCCUGCGCGUUUCGGAGAUGCCGCAUCAUAGACGAACUCUGCAGACUAUCGGUUUCUCUCAAACCCGCGCCUCCUCUCGUUCGAAUCUCAGUUUCGGAUACAGGCAUUGGAAGCACUUUGGAGGAAUUUCAGCAAUUGAAGUACCAGAACAACCCAAUUUUGGAUGGUAAAUGGGGUAAGUCCUAUUUAAUUACAUUCAACUCUUGUCAUUUACUGGUUCAUCAUGUUCAGCAAGAACUUUUUCCAUCUUUAAUAAAUUCACGUCUUCUCACUGAAGGCACCUCUGAUAAAGAAAUACAUCAUAUGAAAUAUGACUUGAAAGAAGUUGUCUCCUCUAAAAGACUGAUGACUCUACCAUCUGCAACAAAGAAUGGUGCAAAAUUCAGUGGAACUGAAGUAUCAUUGUCAAUUUGUGAAGAAGUUGGUGGCCUAGUCACAAUGAUGUCCGUCUUUAUUCGGAAGAUGCUUCUUCUGAAAGCGCCUAAAAUUGCAGUGGAACUAUCGGUUGAAACUGGUGGCGUGACAUCACAAUCUGAAAAUAUUGUUCUGCGUAAUGAAUGCAGCACCAUACCUAUGCAUUUAGCAAAUAUUGACUACCUGAAGUUGGGACUUGAAGACUAUGUUUCCAAGCACGGAAACGGAUUGGUUGAAACUUGCCACUCUUGCUUCUCGACUGGGUAUGUUCUAAUAAUUAUCUUCAGUUUUCUUCUAAUUAUUGAAUCGAUAUGUUUGCGCAUUGGCCAACUGAUGAAAAUCUUUAGAUACUAUCUUGAGAUGGGUUCCAGACAGAAUCUCAAAUUUGGCACUGGGGUAGCUUGUAGCCGAGCAAACGGACAAAGUGGCAGGCAGGUGAUGGAAGUUGUAAUCAUCAUUAGCGAAAUACCUACGUCAGAUCUAUCCUCCUGCUUCAGAAAUUACGGUACAAGAACAGAGGUUUUGUACUUCAGAGAUUUCUCACCCUGCUCAAUGUCACAAGCAUCUCUCGAUGCUCUGAUCAGCAUCGAAUGGAAGAAAUUCGGGCUGGUUCUAAAGAGUGUAGGCGAGCAGGAUGGCGUCACAUUAUUAGAGUGGGAGAAUUUACCACCACGCUCACACAUUGACAUUGUUCUCCACAGAUAUCAUAAACAAUAUCCUAGCAAUCUACUCGACAGAUCUCUUACCAGAAAAGCCGUCAAGCUUGCAUUGGCUGGACUGAAGAAAAGUAAUGCAGGAGUCUUCCUCACUGAGCGUGCAGUCAAGAUCUGCAGUUACGCACCUGAUCUUGCCAAAACCAUUUCGGCUUUGAUCACGUCGUCACACGACUCGAAUUUCCAAACAGAAUGUUUUUCUCUUCUCGGACUGCAGUCUCAAGAAAACAAAAACAAUCUUCUCGAGGAUUGCAUCAAGGAUAAGAUAAUUUCUGUGGUGGCAAAAAAUGACAGGAUUUCUUGGGGAAAUAGGGAAGCUCCUGUUCUUUUCGAAGACAACACUCACCAUGAAUCAUAUUUACUGGACGAGGAAUACGAACAAGGUGAAGAAACAUUUUCCCAUUUGGAUCUAUAAUAGUUGCAAAUAAUCGAUUAAUGAAGAACUGGUAUUAAUUCUCA